AUGUCAGAGGGUAAUGAGGACUUGGAAUCCUUGGGGGUCAAAUUGGUGGAUCAAGAUGAACUUGAGACAUCGAUCACCAAGAAGGCAAAUGUUGCUUUGAUCAAUAAGGAUGCAGAGUUGGAUGAAAAAAGGCUCGAGAAGACAACUAAAGAUCUUAAUAAAUCGUUAUCAAGAAUACGGCUACUUGAGAAAAGAUUGGCGGAUCCUAGGACCAAGUUGUCUCAAAGAAAACAAAUUAAGGAUGAUAUCAAAUGGUUUGAAGAAAAUGAGAUUGUUCCGCUAAAAAGAGAUGUCGAUGAUAUUAGUGCUAGAUUGAGAGAGGGGAAGUCACAAUUGAGCGAAGCUAAUCAGAAUCAAGGAGCUAAAGAUCAAAUUAAAAACGAAAGACUACCUGGUGAAUCAGAGAAAGACUUUUUGAUAAGAACAGGGAAGAUAACUGCUUUUGGUAAUGAAAAUGCUUUCCAACAGGACUCGGCUUCAACAGAUGUAACAAGUCGAGUAUUUUUAAGAGCCCCUGGCUUUGAAGAUGCGAGAGAAUCCGAUGAUGAUAAUGAAGUCGACGACGACGAUGAUAAAAUACAAGAGUCACUAAAAGAAUCGGAGAAUAUUGAGGACGAAUCUGAUUACAAAAAUACCCGCAACAUAGAUGACGGUGAUGAAUUGGUUUAUCAAGCCAGGCUUAACGAUUGGACUUCAAGAAGAUCUAGGUUGCGCAAAACAGAUGAUACCUCAGAGUCGCCUGAAUGGAUGAAACCUCAUCCAACGAUUCCUGACGCAGUGCUUAAUCCUCAAUUCAAAUUACCUGGUGAUAUAUAUCCUUCAUUGUUAGACUAUCAAAAGACUUGUGUUCAAUGGUUAUGGGAGCUUUAUUCUCAAAAAACUGGUGGUAUAAUAGGUGAUGAGAUGGGUUUAGGUAAAACUAUUCAAAUAAUUGCAUUUUUGGCGGGUCUUCAUUAUUCUGGACUACUUGACAAACCUGUUUUAGUAGUUGUACCAGCUACUGUAUUGAACCAGUGGGUUAAUGAAUUCCAUAAAUGGUGGCCUCCAAUGAGAUGUGUCAUACUACAUAGUAUUGGAUCAGGAAUGUCCAAAUCAUCUUUGACAUCUGAGGAGCAAAUUGAAGCCUAUUUGGAGACCCAGGAUCCCAAUUCGGUUAAUCCAAGUAGUUUCAAAGGUAUAAACAGUCAAGUAAACGCACAAGAAAUUGUUGACAGAAUAAUGGAAAAGGGGCAUGUUCUUGUAACAACUUAUGUUGGAUUGAGAAUCUAUUCACGUCAAAUUUUACCAAGACAAUGGGGGUAUGUUGUCUUAGAUGAGGGUCAUAAGAUACGUAAUCCCGAUUCUGAUAUAUCAUUAACAUGUAAACAGAUUAAGACGUAUAAUAGAAUAAUCUUAUCCGGUACGCCAAUUCAGAAUAACUUAAAAGAGUUGUGGUCAUUAUUUGACUUUGUUUUCCCAGGUAGGUUAGGGACGCUUCCAGUAUUCGAACAACAAUUCUCUAUACCUAUAAAUAUGGGAGGAUAUGCGAAUGCAUCCAAUGUUCAGGUUCAAACGGGAUAUAAAUGUGCAGUUAUAUUGAGAGAUUUGAUUUCGCCAUAUUUGCUCCGUCGAUUGAAAAAUGAUGUCGCCCAAGAUUUACCUAAAAAAAAUGAAAUGGUAUUAUUUGUUAAGUUAACUCAAUACCAGCAGGAUAUGUAUGAGAAAUUCUUAGCCAGUGAAGAUAUCAGUGCUAUUUUAAAAGGUAAGCGGAACGUUUUGAUGGGAGUAGAUAUUUUAAGAAAGAUAUGUAAUCAUCCGGAUCUUGUUGAUAGAGAGAUGUUAACUCGUAAAAAAAGUUAUAAUUACGGAUCACCUUUGAAAUCGGGGAAAAUGCAAGUUUUGAAGAAUUUAUUACAAUUAUGGCAAAACCAGGGGCAUAGAACAUUGUUAUUUUGUCAAACCAAACAAAUGCUUGAUAUAUUAGAAAAGUUUAUUACCAAUUUAAGACCAGUUGACGGUGAAGGUAAAGAAUUAAUUGGUGAACAUUUCAAUUACCUUAGGAUGGACGGAUCGACUUCAAUAUCCAAAAGACAAUCACUCGUUGAUACUUUUAAUAAUAAUUCAUACUACCAUGUUUUCUUGCUUACUACUAAAGUUGGAGGAUUAGGGGUUAACUUAACUGGGGCAGAUCGAGUGAUCAUCUAUGAUCCAGACUGGAAUCCAUCUACCGAUAUUCAAGCAAGAGAAAGAGCUUGGAGGCUAGGACAAAAGAAGGAUAUUACCAUUUACAGAUUAAUGACUGCCGGGUCAAUCGAAGAGAAAAUAUAUCAUCGACAGAUAUUCAAGACUUUUUUAACGAAUAAGAUAUUGAAGGACCCUAAACAGCGACGGUUUUUCAAGAUGAACGACUUGCAUGAUCUCUUCACCUUAGGAGACCCAGAAGAAAAAGGGACCGAGACUGGGGAUUUGUUUAAUGGAUCCGAGAGGGCCAUAAGAGGAGGCAAGACUCGUAAAUCAAAUAAACUAUAUAAACCCAAACACAAAAACGAUGAUGAUUUAUAUCAAGUUGCUAAUAUAAUGGGAGUAUCUAAAUUGGAUAAAUUUGAAGGUGAAGCAGUACAAGAUGGAGAAGAAGAAGAAGAAGAAUCUAAGAGUGGUGCAAAAGAUGAAAAUAGAUUAAUGGAAGGGUUAUUUGCCAAUAGUGGAGUUAUUCAUAGUACAUUAAAACAUGAUGAGAUUAUGGAUUCUUCAAACCAAGAAAUAAGUCUUGUUGAAAAAGAAGCUAACAAGGUUGCAAAUGAAGCAGCCAAUGCAUUAAAAAUGUCUAGAAAGUUAGCCCGUAAAAAUGUUAUUGGAACCCCAACCUGGACUGGUAAAUUUGGAGCUGCCGGCAAGUUUGGACCUAAAAAGGUGAAGAAACCAAUGGUUAAAAAUAGCAAAAAUUUACUUUCUUCAACAUCUAUUUUGAAUGAAUUAAAGCAAAAUAAAGUAGAUAAUGAAACUACGUUGGUUAAUGAUAAAAAAGAGAUAUUAGAAAAAAUGAUUGAAUUUUUCAAAAAAUGUCCGGAACAAUUUAGCAAAUCAAAUGAAAUUUUACGGAAUUUACCAAUAAAGCUUGAUUUCAGGAACGAAAAGGAGACGGUUUUGGUAAGAUCAAUGCUUCGAGAAAUCGCUGAUUGGGAUUCCAACUUGAAAGGAUGGAAAUUAAAAGCGGAAUUUAGUAGUUAG